GCUCUGCCUCCAGCUCUCGGCUCAGCUCCACUUUGCCAUGCAGGCCACACUGCUCGGCGUCCUGGGGCUGGCCCUGCUCAGCACACUGCACGCCCAGGACAGCAUUCCUGUCCAAGCUGACUUCCAGCAGGACAAGCUCACAGGGAGAUGGUACAGCAUUGGCCUGGCCUCCAACUCUAACUGGUUCAAGGAGAAGAAGCACCUGAUGAAGAUGUGCACCACCAUCAUCUCCACCACCGCAGAGGGGAACCUGGAAGUUACAUCUACUUACCCCAAGGGGGACCAGUGCGUGACGAGGAACAGUCUUUACACCAAGACAGAGCAGCCAGGGCGGUUCAGCUACACCAGCCCACGUGAGUGCCCAGCUUCUGUGCUGCCCUGGACACACUCACAGCCCUGCUGUGCCUGCUCCUGCCUUGGAGCUGAUUUUGAGCUCAAGGCUGAGUUGUGCCCCAUGUCCCCUACAGGCUGGGGCAGCAAGCACAACAUCCAUGUGGUGGAGACCAACUAUGAGGAAUACGCCUUGGUGGCCACCCGAAUCUUCAAGAGCACUGGUUCCUCCACCAUGGUGCUGCUCUACAGCAGGACAAAGGAGCUGAGUCCUGAGCACCUGGAGAUGUUCACCCAGUUCUCCAGGGAGCAGGGCCUGACGGAUGAUGAGAUCCUCAUCCUGCCCCAGACAGACAAAUGCAUGGCAGAUGCUGCUUAGGCAGACCCACCAGCUGCUACCAGUCCAAGCCCCAGCAGCACCGCAAGCUGGCGACCACCCUGUCCCAUCUGACCACCAGUGGCUCCCCAGCACUGCAGCAGUCUUCGCUUCCUGGCUUCACAACCUAUACCUGUAUCCCUGUCUCAAUUAAAGCCCAUAAAAAACCA